CGCGCUGCAGAGUUGCAUCAGCGGGCAAAUUGCAAAGUUGAAGGAGCCCUAAAAAGCAAAGCACUCCGCUCCAUGUCAUUCAAACCCGACGUGGUCUAUUAAAAGUAUCGCCUUGCUGGUGGCUGAACUUCUACUAUUUAUGAAGCCCCAGGCUAGUCAUUGCAGAGAUCACAGUAACCGGGAAAAGAACUGAAUAUUAUUUACGCGAGAAGAGCCGGUGCGUAAAACACGAGGAAUAAUGGGCCUCUCUCAAACGCUACUCAUUUACGUGCUGGUGUGCGUUCACCUUGGAGUUUCCCAGCAUUACCUUCGACUCCGUCCAUCGCCCAGUGAUCACCUCCCUGUGCCCGAUCUGAAGGAGGACCCCGACCCGGAGUACGACCCCAGGGAGCAGGACUUGGCCGAGAGGACUCUGAGGAAAAAGCUCGGCAGCAACUUUGACCCCAACUUCAUGUCCAUCAGCUCGCCCAUGCUGGUGAACCUCUCCGCGCCAGAAAACCAGGUGAAGCUGCAGGGGCCCAUGCCUAACGAGAUUAAAAAGCUGGACCUCACAGAGACCCCCUAUGGGAAGCGGGUAAAAGUGGGCAAAAAAGCCCGCAGGAAAUUUCUGCAGUGGCUAUGGACCUAUACGCACUGUCCAGUUGUGUACACCUGGAAGGAUUUGGGCGUGAGGUUCUGGCCACGUUACAUCAAGGAGGGAAACUGUUUCUCUGAGCGCUCUUGCUCCUUCCCUGAGGGGAUGUCUUGCAAGCCCGUCAAGUCAAUCAACAAGAUUUUCCUCCGGUGGUAUUGUCAAGGUUUUCUAAGACAGAAAUACUGUACAUGGAUACAGGUGCAAUACCCAAUCAUCUCAGAGUGCAAGUGUUCGUGCUGA